GAGACAGAGACAUGUGACCCGGAAACGGAGUUUAGACAGCAAGAGACAUUCUUGGAACGACAGAGACACAAACAAGGAGCAGAGACACCUGCGCGGGGGGAGACGGCUGAGAGGGAGCCUGUCCUAUGUGCGGUCACUGAGGGGGCUCAUUCACACCCUGCAGAGCUGGAGCUCCGGGACUACUGAGAAGAGAUGGAGCUGUCCCUAGACCUGCAGCACUGAGAGGCUUCCGGUGCGUAAACGAACAAUGGCUUCCAUGGCUGGAUAGAGCACCUGCUACUAUGGAGAUGCCUGCUGUCUUGGAAAGUGCGAAUCUUCCCUCUGAGGGGUCACACAACCAGGAGGAACAUACCGAGGCAGAGGACAAUGGUGACUCUUUUUGCACGCAGGAAGGUGAUGAACAAUGUCCGAGAGAAAACGCUAAACAAGAAGAGGGCGCAGAUGAUGUCGGCGAGGUAUCUGCCCAGAAAGACGGUAUAGACAAUUUAGGAAAUGUAGACCCUGUUCCUCAAGAGAACACCAGGGUGGAACUAAACGUGGACAGUUCUUCAGGAGCUGCAUGUUCCCCGGGUAGUGCCCAUGAACAGACCAAGGAGUUGUCUUCCAAUGCCUCAUUGCCAGUUAACCAGGAUUUGGAGGCCUUGCCUCACAGGACCGAACCGGCUUCUUCCAGUCCGGAUAUUAGAGAUGAAGCAAAGGCUGAGGGUGGUGAGGGCACGCUACCUACUGAAAGAGCGGACCAAGGGAAUGAUACCGAUGGGGCCAAGGAGGAAGGGGCUCCAGAGGACGAUAAUGGUCGUGGCAAACAGGGGCCGAAAAGGGUCACCUUUCCUAGUGACGAUGACAUUGUUUCUGGUGCCCUAGAACCCAAAGACCCAUGGAGACAUGCCCAGAAUGUCACUGUGGAAGAUGUCAUCGCGUCCUAUACACAAGCCUGCCAGAAACUGAACUGUAAACAGAGCCCAAAGCUUAUCCGACAGCUUCAGGAUCUGACUGAUCUUUCAGGGAGAGUUGACAACCUGGAUCUCAAGGGGGAGAAAUUGGACCAUAAGGCAUGCGAGGCAUUGGAGGAAAUCUUUAAGCGGGUGCAGUUUAAGAUGGUGGAUUUGGAGCAGACAAACCUGGACGAGGAUGGAGCCUCGGCUUUGUUUGACAUGAUUGAGUAUUAUGAAUCAGCAACACAUCUGAACAUCUCCUUUAACAAGCACAUUGGCACUCGGGGAUGGCAGGCUGCUGCCCAUAUGAUGCGUAAGACAAAUUGCCUGCAGUAUUUGGAUGCAAGAAAUACCCCCUUGCUGGACCAUUCUGCGCCAUUUGUGGCUCGGGCACUACGCAUCAGCAGCAGCUUGACUGUCCUGCACCUUGAGAACACCAGUCUCUCUGGAAGACCCCUGAUGUUGCUGGCCACUGCUUUAAAGAUGAACAUAGUAUUACGGGAGCUUUACCUCGCUGACAACCGUCUAAACAGCUUACAAGACUCGGCCCAGCUGGGAAAUGUACUAAAGUUCAACAGCUGUAUACAGAUCCUGGACCUGCGGAACAACCACAUUAUGGAUUCAGGUCUGGCUUAUAUCUGUGAGGGGCUGAAAGAGCAACGUCAGGGACUGGUGACCCUUGUUCUCUGGAACAAUCAGUUGACUCACGCCGGCAUGGUCUACAUGAGCAUGUGCUUGCCUCACACUCAGACUUUAGAGACUUUGAACCUUGGUCAUAAUGCAAUCGGUAAUGAAGGUGUCCGUCAUCUUAAGAAUGGUCUAAUUGGAAAUCGCAGUGUCCUCCGGCUUGGCCUGGCAUGUGCUAAACUCACAUGUGAAGGUGCUGUGGCUGUAGCGGAGUUUGUUGCUGAAUCCCCCCGUCUAUUGCGUCUGGAUCUGAGGGAGAAUGAAAUAAAGACUGGAGGUUUAAUGGCUCUGUCCUUGGCUCUUCGCGUCAACCAGUCUCUUCUCAGGAUGGAUUUGGACAGGGAGCCCAAGAAAGAGACUGUCAAGAGCUUUAUUGAAACACAGAAGGCUUUGCUGACAGAAAUUCAGAACGGUUGCAGGAGAAACUUUGUCUUAGCCAAAGAGAAAGAAGAACGUCUCCAACACUCAGCAUCAAUGGCAGAGAUCGCCAGUGCUGCUGAAGAGGAGGAUACAAGCACUGCCCCAGAAGAGAUUAGCCAUGCUACUGAGGACUCCAACACUGCCAAUGAAAACAGCAAACCUCACUCUGAUGACCAAGAGGAAGAAGAGAUAACUCCUGCCCCAGACCCCCAAGGUCAAGAUUCUGACUCUGAUACAGAAGAUGAAGAAGAAGUAAUAGAGGCGACAGAAAAGACAGCUGAACCUCCUGUACAGAGCAGCCCGGCACCCGUGGCAGUGUCCAGCCCGGCACCCGUGGCAGUGUCCAGCCCGGCACCCGUGGCAGUGUCCAGCCCGGCACCCGUGGCAGUGUCCAGCCCGGCACCCGUGGCAGUGUCCAGCCCGGGUAGAGGCCAUAAAGUAUUUUUGGUUACAAGGGUGGAGAAUCCAAAUACAGUUGAUGGAGGAAAGGGAGUUCCGGAAAAUAGAGAAUCUUCAGGGACAGGUGUGGCUGCGCCAGCAAGCCCUGCCCUUGCCAAUGGACUUCAGGCUGAAUUUGAAAGGGCACCAACAUGCUGUGAUAACAAGGGUUCUCAUGGAUCAUAUUGUGAUACAGAGUUGGAGGAUUUACUACGCGAAGCCUCCACAGAGCCAGACCCUUCUCUGAACGUUAUAGCACUAUAAGGAUUUAUUCUUCCGGCUCUUUGGGUUACCUUUUCUUCACACCCUGAAUCCUUUUUACAACCCCAUUCAUCUCGCCUUAAGAAAUGGGGCCCUAUGGGAUCACAUGACACGAGUUCCCUUUUGAGAACGUUCAACUGAUCCUAAAUUUGCUUCCCCCCCCCCCCCUCAUAUAAUGGCAAUAAGGACAGGCACCGAUCCUGCAGGUAAUGGAAUUUGCACAGAGUAAACGUUGCUUCAAGCUGAUGUUCCCCAGACAGAAGGUUGCGUUACGGGUUCCCGGAGAAAGGGACGUGGCUGGUCUCUCCGAAACACACUGGACUGUUACUGAUUCUGGGGAAAUCUGCAGACGAGGGCUGCUAAGGACAAAUAAACUGACCCUCCCCAUUGCCCACACUCAGUGGAACAUCCAUCCAUCUACAUUAUACAACAUAAUAGGGUUUUCAGCCUUACCUUAUGUACAUCCCACUGCUUGAGUUACAUGUAUGGGUACAGAAUUCACUACAUUCACAAUAGCAUCAGCCUCUUGGGAUUUAACCUGUCUGACUGUGUUCUAUAUAAAAAAAAAACGGCGUUCUCUAUGGCCGGGACAAUAUAGGGUGAUAUAGGGGUUCAUGCAUAUAGGAGUGAAAACUUCCUUAUUAGUGAAUAACUGGUCUGCCUGCUUCAAGCCAUGUGAUGUUACUAGGGCUGAAUCAAUGACUGAUGGAACAAACACCCUAUUUAUUCCAUUCUUUGAGGGUUUUUUUUUCCUUACUUGUCCCUAUACUGCUCUGGUUAUUUUAGAGUUUUACUCCCAAAGCAUGUUCUUUCCAGUAUCCUCUUUUAAGGACCAUCAUCCACCAAACGUAGAUCGAUGAGAUGCUCGUAUUUCUUGUUAACCACCAUCCCUGGCACACCACCUAGAUCACCUUGUUAGCUAGUAAGUUACAUAGGGUUACAGAAAGCUAUGAUGGUGAUUGGUAUCUGUGAUUAGUGCCCAGACUCUUUCUACAACAAGUUCCUUUAAAGAAGCUUAUGGAGAAUCACAAAUGCAAAGCUAUAGCAGUGGGGUCUUUUUCAGUCUUAUGUUAUGUCAGCAUAAAUAUGUUAACAUGCUGGUGGAUGUGAGAUCCCUUGAAAGAAAGAAAAAAUUCUUGCAAUAUUCCUUUAUGUCCAUAUACCAGGUAAAUAGUGAAUGUAACAUUGGGGCAAUUGCCUUGUAAAUCAGGGAAACAGAAUUUUCUUUACACCUCUUUGGAGGAAGUGCAGCCGUUGACAUGACUCCCAAUAAUUUGUCAGCGUUAUCCCCCCCUCCUCUAAAUAGCUACCUAUUGUUUUUGCUAGUGACUGUCAAAAAAAGCAAUCAGGUUUUAGGGAGUAGCUAUAAUAUAUAGUAGUGCUUAAAGCGCAACGGUCAUGAAAACUGGGUGCUAUAACCUGCACACAGCCUUUGUACUGUGUGCAGAUGGU